CUUCUCAUUUCACAGCCUUCCUUCCCGCUGAUAUCGCUGGUUGCUAGUCCGUGUUCUGGUACUAGUGCUGGAGUACCAGUUUCCGUGUAGCCUAAAUCCCAGGGAUUUGAGCUGAUCUUGUCAACCCAAAUGUAACUACGCCAGUAGCGUAACGUACUUCGUUCUGCUGCCAUGAUUCGCCGUGGCGAACCGGAGUAGGGGGGGACGGAGAUCGUUGCCGUUGUUUGAAGCCGAAUUUUAAACUCUUGUGCCUGACAUCGUUGCUCUGUAGAUCGACAGAACCGCAGUUCCUUCGCGAAAUACGGGUUACGUACGUUACCAUCACCUGCUGGGAGAGCAGGCCCGCCUAAAGGAAACUCUUCACCUGUCUGACAAUUUUCCCGUAUAUGAAAUUUCUCUCAGCUUCUCUUUUGUUCGAAGCCAACGGUGCUUGUUAAGCCCACAGCUGCUUAGCUUGCUGACAUGGUCUAGAUAGCUACUGCCGACGUGUCGCCCGCUAGUUCCCUCCAUGUCAGCAGCCAGCCGUCGCCGGAAGAGCAUCAAUGCUCUGGCGUCCCCCACUCGCGUGUCGACACGUCGGACAUCACGGGCAGUGAUUGACUUGGCACGUGAUGACGUGGAGGAGAGGGAACGGAGUCAGGAGAGAGAGGAGAAAGAGGGUAACCAGGAGCAAGUUGGUAACAAGGAGAAAGAGGGUAACCAGGAGCAAGUUGGUAACAAGGAGAAAGAGGGUAACCAGGAGCAAGUUGGUAACAAGGAGAAAGAGGGUAACCAGGAGCAAGUUGGUAACAAGGAGAAAGAGGGUAACAAGGAGAGAGAGGGUAACAAAGAGAGGGAAGCGAGAGGUACGGGGGGAAUUGAUGGAAGCGAGGGAAGGAGCCCUUACAGGAGAGGGCGUGGAGAGAGAAGGGGAAGAGGAAGAGGGUCAGCGCGAGGCGAGAGAAGGGGCGAGGAGACAAGUCAGCAGCUGGCACGCCUUAACGGAGGUGUCCUUACUUCGGACGUGAUUGUAUUGAAGGAUGGGAGUGAGGACGUUUCAGGCAAUGAUGUGACUGUAUUGAAGGGCGCGGCUGACGACGGUGUGACUAAUGUGAGAGAGGAUGCUGCUGAUGAUUCCAGGAUUGACCUUGCCUCUCAACCGGAAGGAACCACGGGCCAUACGGCACGAGGAGAUGAUGACGUGGCAACUGGAGAUACUGCGAAGCCACUGUCAGCAGACAGAAACUUGGAUGACGUGGCAGCAAAGAAUACACCUGAACCGACUCCUAUGGCGGAGGAUGACAACGGUGUUGGCGAUCAGGAGAGGUCGCAGGUGACGGGUGGGGAGGAGGGAAGAGUGGCAGAGGGAGGCGUGGCAGCAGAGAAUGCGCUUGAGUCGACUCCUAGAACCGAGGUCCACAGAGGUGCUCGUGGUCUAGAGACCUCCGGGGACUAUGGUGGCGAGGUGGCAGAGGGAGGCGAGGAAGGGGGAGGCGUGGCCGAGUCAAGACAGGCGGGUGCUGUUGAGGGCUGCUGGGAACGAGGGGUGGGAGACAUAGUUGACCCGCUGACUGCCUCCCAGCCUGCUUUCGAUUCGACUCAAGAGGGAGGCGUGGCAGAGGGAGGCGUGGCAGAGUCAAGACAGGCGGGUGCUGUUGAGGGCUGUCAGGAAAGGGAGGUGGGAGGCAUAGCUGACCCGUUGACUGCUUCCCAGCAUGCUGCUCCGUGUGCUGAUGUUCCCAUGGAGGACGCCUGGAGUCUGCUGCCGAUGGAGGGUCCGGGUGAGGGUGCUGCAGUAGUGGGGCGAAGCAAGGUUGCAGUGGUAGCAGGAGCAAGUGGUUAUCCCAAGAGAGAGGUGGGGUUGGACGAAGGGGAUGACGAAGGGCGGGACGGUGAAUCGAGAGAAGGUGGCUGUAGGGUUGGCGAAGAUGCUUGUGUGGAGGAUGCUCGGGAGAGGGAUUGCGAGGUGUUGGAUGAGGUGAAGAGGGGCGGUGGUGGGGAGGGGGAGGGUGGUAGUAAGGGUGGUGGUAGUAAAUGUGGUGCUGGUCAGGGUGGUGGUGAAAAGGAGAGCGGUGAAAAGGAGGGGGGUGAAGAGGAGGGGGAUAAAAAGGAGGGUGAUGAAAAGGAGGGUGAUGAAAAGGAGGGUGGUGGAAAGGAGGGUGGUGAAAAGGAGGGUGGAGGAAGCGACGGUGCUCUUAUUGAGUUGCCGAGCCAGCAGCAUGAUCUGGUGUCGUCCCAUGGGGGCCAGCAUGCGGUGCAUCAGGCAUGCUCCUCCCAGCCGUUUCCCUUCACCAGAGACCAGUGCCAGCAGUGGCUAGACAGGGUUGAAGGGCGCACAUUCACAUAUCCCACCAGGCAGCAGCUGGGAGCAGUGGAGGUGAAGGCAGCGGAUCUGCAGCGGUUGCUGCCGGGGGAGUGUUUGAACGACACUGUCAUCGACUUCUAUGUCAAGUUCAUUGAACAGACGGUGCUGCAGGGGCCGCAGCGGUCGCGGUUCCACUUCUUCAGCACCUUCUUCUCCACCUCGCUCUUCAAGGCGCACGAGCGCUUCAAAGUGAGUCAGGACCCCCAAGAGCUGACACGGCUCACCAGGUGGACUCGAGGCACGGACAUUUUCUCCAAGGACUUCAUCGUCAUCCCCUUCCAUGAAGCGUUCCGCAGCCACUGGAGUCUGGCCAUCGUCUGCUUCCUCAGUAAGGACGUGCGGAAGACUUCUCGCAAGGCGUCAGGAGAAAACAGCAAGGGCUCAGGAGGAAGCAACAAAAAGGCAGGAGAAAACAGCAAGUCGUCAGGGGGACCAGGAGAAGGCAGCAGAGAAACACGCGGAGCAGCCAAGCUACGGGAAGAGGGCAAGGGAGAAUUCUCCACUUUAAAAAGCAGCCGAUUAUUAUCCCCUUUAAAAGGUGGUAGAGGGAUGAAAGCCGCGGCAGGUGGGCGGACACCCAAAAGGGAAGCUGAGAUUCACGGGUUGGAGGGGAAUAGAGGGGGAAAGGUGCGAGUGAGGAGAGCUGCUGACGUGGCAGAAGUUGCUGACGUGGCCGCGGAGGAAAAUGAGGCCUGCGGAGGGGGGACUUGGAAGGGUCGAAGGAGCGAAAGAAGAGUGAUGAGGCUUGCUGACGUGGCAGAAGUUCCAGGGAGGGUAGAGGAAGAGGCAGGGGUGGUGGAUGUAGGGGAGGAUGAAGAUGAGGGGGGGGAGGAAGAGCAAGAGGAAUCGGAAGAGGAGGAAAAGGGUGAGGAGGAAGGGGAGGGGGAGGAAAACGGGGAGGGCGGAUGUGGAAGAGGGGAGGUUGGGGAGGUGGGGUCUGGGGAGGAGCGGAGAGGGGAGAUGGCGAAGAAGAAGAGAGUGAGGCUUGCGGAUUUAGACCAAGUCACCACCCAGUCUGGUGAAACGGAGCAUGGUGCUGGCAGGGUACGUGCCGGCAGGUCUCACGUGAAGCGGAGGAGAGUGGAUGGGCUCGAUGGUUCUGGAGACAAUGCGGUGGGCAGCAUGGAUGCUAUGGGAAGCAUAUGCAGCAUGGGUAACAUAGGCAGCAUAGGCACCAUGGCAUGGGGUGUGAGGAAGCAGGUGCAAUCCCGCAGCAGGGCUCGGGCCAAGGUGGCGGAAUGGGAGCGAGGUGCAAGAGAGGGGGCCUCUGCUGAAGCCAGGGAAGACGAGGGCUGUGCUGCGGGUGUGAAGGAGGAGGAAAGGAGGGGAGACGAGGGGUCUGCUGCGGGCGUGGAGGAGGACAGGAGGGGAGACGAGGGUUCUGCUGCGGGCGUGAAGGAGGAGGACAGGAGGGGAGACGAGGGGUCUGCUGCGGGCGUGAAGGAGGAGGACAGGAGGGGAGACGAGGGGUCUGCUGCGGGCGUGAAGGAGGAGGACAGGAGGGGAGACGAGGGGUCUGCUGCGGGCGUGAAGGAGGAGGACAGGAGGAGAGACGAGGGGUCUGCUGCGGGUGUGAAGGAGGAGGAAAGGAGGGGAGACGAGGGGUCUGCUGCGGGCGUGAAGGAGGAGGACAGGAGGGGAGACGAGGGGUCUGCUGCGGGUGUGAAGGAGGAGGAAAGGAGGGGAGACGAGGGGUCUGCUGCGGGUGUGAAGGAGGAGGAAAGGAGGGGAGACGAGGGGUCCGCUGCGGGUGUGAAGGAGGAGGAAAGGGGGGGAGACGAGGGGUCUGCUGCGGGUGUGAAGGAGGAGGAAAGGAGGGGAGACGAGGGGUCUGCUGCGGGUGUGAAGAAGGAGGAGGAGCUAGCUGCGAAGAGGGGCGGAGACACAGGAGGUGGAAUUCGAGAGGCCACUCGAGUGGCUGCUGAAGAGGCCACUGAAGAGGCUACUGAAGAGGCUAUUAAAGAGGCUACUGAAGAGGCUACUAAAGAGGAUACUGAGGAGGCUACUAAAGAGGCUACUAAAGAGGAUACUGAGGAGGCUAUCACUGAAGAGGCUACUAAAGAGGCUACUAAAGAGGAUACUGAGGAGGCUAUCACUGAAGAGGCUACUAAAGAGGCUACUAAAGAGGAUACUGAGGAGGCUAUUAAAGAGGCUAUUGACGAGGCUACUAAAGAGGGUGCUAAAGAGGCUACUAAAGAGGCUACUGAAGGAGCACGUCGAGAUGCCACUGAGGAGGCCACUCGAGAGUCUCCUGUAGAGAAAGAAGGUGAUACACGGGAAGAGGGAGUAACUAAGGGGGGGGGUGUUACAAGGGAGGAGGUUAUUACAAGGGAAGAGGGUGGUACGAUGGUGGGAGGUGAUACAAGGGAGGGAGGUGAUAUAAGGAAAGAAAGUGGCGCGCCAACAGGAGCUGCGGAUGAUGCACAAAUCACAAACAGGGCGAUGGCUGGAGAGAAGACGGGAGCUGCUGGCAUGGGGCAAAAGGAGAAUGGGGAGGCAGCGAUUGUGGCAUAUGGGGUGAGGCUGGAAGGGGCGAUGGAGGAGGGAGUGGAGCAUGAGGAGGAGGUAAGAGAGGAUGAGGUGCUUGAGGAAGGGGAAGGGGUUGACGAGGAAGGUUUAGAAUGGGAAGGGGUAAGGAAGGCCGGCGUGAAAGAGGAAGGAGUGAGAGAGGAAGGAGUGAGUGAGGAAGGAGUGAGUGAGGAAGGAGUGAGUGAGGAAGGAGUGAGUGAGGAAGGGGUGAAUGAAGUAGGAGUGAAAGAGGGAGAGGAGAAAGGGAAAGGGGUGAACGAGGAAGGGGUGAAGGAGGAAGGGGCGAAAGGGGAAGGGGUGAAAGAGGAAGAGGAGGAAGGAGUGAACAGGGAAGAGGAGAGAGAGGGUGGGGUGAAAGAGGAAGGGGAGGAAGGCGUGAAGGAGGAGGGGUGGACGGAAGAGUGUGAGGAGGGAAAACUUAUGGAGUGCGGGGGGAAAGAGGAGAGUGGGGGGAAAGAGGAGAGUGGGGGGAAAGGGGAGUGUGAGGUGAACGAGGAGAGAGAGGUGAAGGAGGAGGAAGCAAGGAAGGGGAAGGUGGAGGAGGAGACGAGGGAGGGGGAGGUGGAGGAAGGGCGGCGAGAUGUAAGGAUGGAUGUGCCAAUUGCUGUUGUAGCUCCUGCACCAGAAUCACCUGCACCAGAAUCACCUGCAUCAGAACCACCUGCACCAGAACCACCUGCACCAGAAUCACCUGCAUCAGAACCACCUGCACCAGAACCACCUGCAUCAGAACCACUUGCACCAGAACCACAUGCACCAGAAUCACCUGCGCCAGAAGCACCUCCACCAGAACCACCUGCGCCAGAAUCACCUGCAUCAGAACCACCUGCACCAGAAUCACCUGCAACAGAACCACCUGCACCAAAAUCACCUGCAUCAGAACCACCUGCACCAGAACCACCUGCACCAAAACCACCUGCACCAGAAUCACCUGCACCAGAAUCGCCUGCACCAGAAUCACCUGCAACAGAACCACCUGCGCCAGAAUCAUCUGCACCAGAAGCACCUGCACCAGAAGCACCUGCACCAGAAUCACCUGCAGCAGAAUCACCUGCACCAGAAGCACCUGCACCAGAAUCGCCUGCACCAGAAUCACCUGCACCAGAACCACCUGCGCCAGAAUCACCUGCACCAGAAGCACCUGGUCGCGGAAUGUCUGCUCUGCAGCUGCUGAUGGGGGCACCACCGGUAGAGCCACAGCCCCUGGGCAAGGCAGGCGCGGGCCUCUGUGUCAGUGCUGCUGAGGGGACUCGUGAGGGGGUCGCUUCUGAGUCAACUCAAAAGGCACCAGCCGUAGAGCCCCAGUCCCUGGGCAAUGCAGGUGCAGGUCUCCAUGUCAGUGCUGCUGAGGGGAUUUGUGAGGGGGUCUGUGCUGCUGCUGCUGUUUCUGCUGAGGGGACUCAGGAGGGCGAGGAAGAGAUUGAAGGAAUGCAUGAGGAGGACAAUGAGGAGGACAAUGAGGAGGACAAUGAGGACAAUGAGGAGGACAAUGAGAAGGAGGCGGAUGGUUAUGGUGGUGCGAAGGCGAGGCAAGCCGGCAGCUGGAAACUUGGAUUGGACGAUGCUGAUGGUGCUAAGUAUGCUGGUGAUGGUGGUGGUGGUGAUGCUGAUGAUGCUGAUACUGGGGAUGAUGAGGCUGAUGACGACGACGAUGAUGAUGAUGAUGACGAUGAUGAUGAUGAUGUGAAGGAGAUAGUGGAGGCGACCAUUCUGUACCUGGACUCGCUGCCCGACAGCUCCAAGUCACAUGCCAUCUACAGCGCCAUCAAGUUCUAUCUGCAGGCCGAGUGGAUGAAGAGGAGCAGGGAGCCGUUGGAUCCCAAGAAGCCGCUGCAAUCUGGGCCGUUCAGCAAAGUGCGGGGGAAGAAAGUCAAGGUGCCAGAGCAGGACAACGACUAUGACUGCGGCUGCUUCAUCCUCUGCUACAUCCAGAAAUUCGCUCAAAUAGCCGCUGCCCUGCCGCGCUCUGCUGACGGUGUGGCAGACAAGCUGAGCAACGACUGGUUCCAGGCGUGUGAGGCUUCGUCACUGCGCCGCCGGCUCUUCUCCAUCGUCACCGAGAUGCUGCUGCCUGAAGACCACCCAACGCCCCAUCCCAUCUCCCCCCCUCCUCAACCCAUCUCUCCACCUCAAACCAUGUCCCCGCCUCAACCCAUCUCCCUUCAUCCAUCCUCCUCUCCACCUCCCCUUGUCGCACCAGAAAUACCCAUGUCCCAACCCUCCAACGCACUUCUGCGUCCCCCCUCUCCUCCCCUCCUUUCUCCUCUUCCAUCUCCUGCUGCCGCUGCUGCUGCUGCUGCUGCUGCCGCUGUUCCUUUUGAUGCCACGACCGCCACAACAGCAGCAACUGGAGCAGCAGCAGUAACCCGAGCCAAAGUAUCAACAGCAGCAGCAGCAGCAGCAGCAACAGGAGCAACGGAAACAGAGAAGGCAGCAGCAACAGCAGCAACAGGAAGGGCAGGAACAGAAGCAGGAACAGAAGCAGUAGCAGCAGCAAGAACCACACGUAGCAAGGCCAAGAGAGGGAGAGGCAGACCGCGGAAGCAAGUGAAGAAUGAGGCGACACACCCGGCUGCUUCAGGUGCUGCUGCUGCUGCUCCAGGUGCUUGUGACACAGCUGCUGGAGUGGGUGAAGGCUCUACUGGUGCAGGCGAUGCUGCUGGUGGUGAUGCGAACAGCACGGCUCCUAUACAGUCUACCCAAGAGGCAACUGAUGUCAAGAAUGACACCCAAGACGACACCCAAGCCGGCAUUCGAGACGGCACCCAGAACGACAGCCGAGACAGCACAAGCAGAGGGAGUGGUGAAACGCUGACUGUGUUUGGCAAGGAGCCUUGGUCCGCAUGGCCGUGGCCAGCGUCCGAGCUGUCUAGGUCUCUCGACACCUGCUCUAUACAGCUCUGGCCAGUUGCAGAACUAUCUAGAUCUCUCGACACCUGCCCUGCACUGCCCUGGCCGGCUACAGCAGUGGAGAAUGGUGGCCGCGAUGCUCCUGGUGAUGGGGAUGGUGAUGGUCGUGUUAUUGCGUCUCCAGGUGUAGUAGGGGCGUUGGGAUAUGCAGGGAGAGCGCCUGUGCUGGUUGCUAUCGUGUGGCAGGAUGAGAUGAGUCAACGUUCACAUGAGAUAGCUCUGAAUUCCAAUGAGAUGGCUAACCAUUCACUUGAGACCGGCACUGGUAGGGAGGUUGUGGCAUGGCCGUUUGGCGAGGGGGGAACUGAGAGGGAAGCAGGCGAAGGGGUGGGGGGAGAUGAGAGAGAAGGGGCGGUGAAUGGGAAAGGGCGUGUGGGGCAGAAGCGGAAGCGAGUGAAAACAGCUGCUGGGUGGGGGGUGAGGAAGAGGGGCAGGAGGGGGGUGAAGGGGCAGGAGGGGGGGGAGGGGAAGAAGGGAGAGGAGGAUGAGGAGGUGGAGGAGAAGAGGCAAGGGGGGGCGGAGGAGGGUAGGACAGAGGAGGAUGGAAGGAUGGAUGUGCGCGUAGCAGGUAAGGAAGAGGGUGGGAUGGGAGAGAGUGAAGGAGAGAGGAGGAAGAGGGGCAGGGAGAUCGGUGCAUUGAAGGAGAAUGGAAGGGAGGAGAGGGGAAGAUGGGUGGUGGUACGGCUUGGAGCAUCUCAGGAGGUGAUUCGAGUGAGGAAGGAGAGAGGGGAGGAGGAAGGCGAGGUGGAGGUUGGUGAGGCGAAGGAUGAGGAAGCGGGGGUGGGAGGAUUUGGGAGAGACGGGGAGGAGCGGUGGGGAAUGGAGGUGGAGGGAAGUGACCUUGAGAAAUCUCAAACACCAACUGUGGGCGAUGACGACGCUCUUGACACAAUGGGCUUGGAGGGUCGGGAGGAGGAGAGGAGAGGACAAAAAAUGAAGAGCGAGGAGGAGAACGAAGGCGAGGAUGAGAAGGGAGAGGAGGAGAAAGGAACUGAGGAGAAGGGAGAGGACAAGGGAGAGGAGAAGGGAGAGGAGGAGAAGGGAGAGUGUGAGAAGGAUAUGGUUGAAGGGGGCGAGGGGGAAGUUGGACUUGGGAACAUGGGGAGACAGGGCAAGGAUUACCUAGAGAAGCAUCAGCACGAGGAGCAAGUGGAGGAGCAGCAAGUGGAGCAGCAAGUGGAGCAGCAACCGGGGCAGCAACCGGAGCAGCAACAGGAGCAGCAACUGGAGCAGCAAGGGGUGGAAGGAAGCAGAGGGCGGACCAAGAAAUGGUUCCUGGAACGCAAAGCAGUGCUGGAGAGGUGGGAGGCAGCAGGGAGGGAAGAAACGGAAGCAGUCGGAUCAGCAGGGGGCCUGGGAGCAGUCGAGCGAAUAGCAGAGGAUAGGUGGGCAGGAGGCAUGGGGAGGGGACGGUUUGAAGCAGGCGGUGUUGCAGCAGUGGAGGUAGGGGCAGCAGCAGGGGCAGCAGCAGCCGGAGCAGCAACAGUGGCAACAGCAGCAGCAGCAGCAGCAGAGGAUGGGUGGGCAGGAGGCAUGAGGAGUGGAGGCAUGGGGAGGGGACGGGUGGGAGCAGGGGAUAUUGCAGCAGAGGAGGUAGAGGCAGCAGCAGGGGCUGCAGUGGCAGCGUCAGCCGCAGCAGCAGUGGUGGCUUCUAUGGCAGCAUUUGUGCGACAGACGCUUGCAGCUGCUGCCCGUGCUGCUGCUGCUGCUGCUGCCGCCGCUGCUGCUGCUGCCGCUGCUGCUGCCGCUGUCAGUGAUGCUGCUGGUCAGGAGGAGGGACGGGCAGGGUUAGAAGCAGCAGGUGCAGGCACAGAGGCAGCGAUCCGAGAAACUGGCCCAGCCAAACAGGUAUUGGUUCCAGAAGCUGACAUGGCACCAGACGCAGCAGCAGCAGCAGCGACAACACCAGACGCAGGAGGCCCUGAGCCGGUUCCAGGGCUUGCUUCAGACCCCGAAUGCAGUCUUGGCCGUCUUGUGCACUUUGGAUUCACUCGAGCGGCAAAGGGGAAGCAGCAGCGGUGGGGGGCAGGGCCUGCGGAGCCUAUGGGAAGAAAAUGGCGGGGGGUGGGAAAUGGCUCUGAAGUGCCACGGCGCAUGGUGGGGUUUGGGGAGCUGGCGGCAUGGAAUGGGGUGUGGCGGGGAGUGAGAGAGGGGAGUGGCAGGAGUGGGUUGAGGGAUGGAGUGGGGGUGGAAGUUGCAUGGCAGACGUGCCUGGAGCGAGUGAGCAUAAGGAAUUUCGGAGUCAGAUUGGGUUGGACGGGGAGGAAAGAGGAGGGAGGUGGAGAGGGUGAAAGCGAACAGCAUUGGACGGGUUGUGCGGGAAGGGAGGGUGUAAGGCCCGGUGCCCACGAAGGGGAAUUAGAUGAUGGCGCUGUGGAGGAGGAUGUGAAGGAGCAAGUGAAGGAGCAAGUGAAGGAGCAAGUGAAGGAGGAGGUGAAGGAGCAAGUGAGGGAGGAAGUGAAGGAGCAAGUGAAGGAGGAUGUGAAGGAGGAAGUGAAGGAGGAAGUGGAGGAGGAAGUGAAGGAGCAAGUGAAGGAGGAGGUUAUGGAGGGUCUCGAGAUAAAGCGUAUGAUUGGUGAUGAGAUCGGGCAUGGUGCGGAGGAAGGGGGACAAGAGGAAGAAAGCAGACAAGAGGAAGAAAGCAGACAAGAGGAAGAAAGCAGACAAGAGGAGGAAAUCAAGAUACAGGAAGACGAAGGGAUGAAGGGAGAGGGGACGUCUAUAUAGCAGCUGAGCCAGAGGGGGAAACGGUGGGGAGGAAGAGAAGAAGACUCGAUCGAGUCGAACCUGACUUGAAGAAGUGCGUUACUCGCAGCCCUGAGAGUGAUGCCUCUCCAGUCAAACCUGACACCUCUGCUGACAAUGCAGGUACUAGUCCGAGUGACAGUAGGCUUGGUGAGAACAGGCUCGGCAGCAGCAGCCUCGGUGUUACCAGCAGCAGGCCUGUGCGAAGGGCUAGCCUUGGCAGAUUCGGGUUCGGCCGAACCAGACUGGAAGAGGGGCUCAGGUUCGGCGAGGAGAUCUCGCCGGUGCUGCUGCUUCACAGGCUUGAAAACCACCCAAAACGCCCCCGAAGCAAGCUGGCUCGGAAGUCCAGGUUCGGUAAAGGACCGCGCCAGACCUACGAGGAAUCGGGUUCGGUUAGGAGGUUCGGCAGUGGUCGGGGGAUGCGCAGGAGGAAAGGCAAGAGUAGUGUGCGGCAAGCUACUGAUGGCAAUCAGGAGUGUGAUAAUAAGGGAGAGGCUAGUAACAGUGGCGGGAUUGACAGAGGGAAAGGCACAGAUGUGGUAGAUCUAGCUAGUGUGCCAGAGGCUGCGGAAAUAGGAGAGAGAGCAGAUGCAGGGGAGAGGGUGGAGGGGAGAGGCGAAAGAGCAGCCGGCAGUAGUCUUGAUGUUUCCCCUCCCCUUCCUAUUCCUCCUCCUCUUCAUCUCUCCCCUCGACGUCCGCCUCCUCCC